AUGGCGACAUCUCUAGCUCCUAUCGUGACUCCGGCCUUGAUUGCCACCAUCCGCCGGUACCCCAACCUCCCGCGCCAUUCGUGGUAUUUCGUCGCCGCCACCACCCUCUCCAUCAUCAACCGACCAGACGAAAUCACCCAAAUUUACAAGUAUGCCCUCAACAACGGCCUAGACCAGGAUCAGGUCGAUUCUACCCCCAACAUCGAGGAGCAGCUCGCCAUCUCCCGGAGGAUACGAGAAGCCAUUAUCAAGUCCGCCGCCAUCGGUGGCCUUCCCAAGGCCAUCAACGCUCUUCUCGCCCUCAAGGCCGUGACCCCUACCCACCUGGUCGACGAGCCCAUGGCCUUCUCCCCCACCCUCAGGCCCGUCGAAAUCUACGACACGCCCUCCUCCCAGAUCCUGCUCCGGGGCCAGACCUUCUUCGACAUGGUGUACGGCAAAGUCUCCAAGCGCGUCAUGGGCCAGAUGGACCGCUCGGGCACCGAGGAUCUCGGGUUGACGGCGAGGCUCAUGUACGGCUACGUCUUGAGCAACACAAACGUCCUCUCGCCCGCCGAGACGUCCUUUGUCCUUAUCGCCGGGCUGAUUCCGCAAGAUGUUAAUCCUCAGCUCAAGGGACAUCUCAAGGGUGCCCUCAACGGAGGGGCCACAGUAGCUGAAGUCAAGGCUGUUCGGGAUGUCGUCAUCAAGAUCUGCGAAGCCUCGGGCAUGAAGAGGAUCACAGAAGACUCCCCGGCGGUUGGGGUUGGAGAAAUGAAAUCGCCAACCUAUGAGGCAUCCCAAAUGAGUCUAAACUGGGGCGCUGUGGGGGUUCCUGAGAUUCAAUCCUUCCGUUGA